CCCUGCUGUGGUCUUGCAUGGAGGCAGGAGAGAAAUCAGCGUCACACUGACGAGGUCUGCCAAGCGCGUUAUUAUCGCACUACACUGCCGCAAUAUUGGCAGUGUGCUCAACAAACUGCGGUCACUGCAGACACACGGUUAACAGCAGGAAUACGAGAGACGCAUUAAACACUUUGAAGGAUGUCAGGGAUCACUGGGAAUUUGGAUUGCGAGGAAUGUUUAUCUUCUGCACAUGUGGCCAACAGCACGGAGUUACAUCUGCACUCCACUGUGGAUGAGGACGAUGAACUUCUGAGAUACAUCUGGAGAGAGUACUUACACCCGAAGCAGUAUGAAUGGGUUCUCAUUGUGGCUUACAUUAUUGUGUUCUUCGUUUCACUCAUUGGAAACUCGCUGGUUUGUUUUGCAGUGUGGAAAAACCGUCACAUGCGCACUGUGACCAACUAUUUCAUAGUGAAUCUGUCCUUUGCUGAUGUGUUGGUCACCAUCAUCUGCCUGCCUGCGAGUCUUGUGGUAGACAUCACAGAGACGUGGUUCUUUGGAAAGACUCUUUGUAAAGUUGUGCCUUAUUUGCAGACCAUCUCUGUUUCUGUAUCAGUCCUAACACUGAGUUGCAUUGCCCAAGACCGUUGGUAUGCUAUCUGCCACCCACUGAUGUUCAAGAGCACAGCCAAGAGGGCUCGCAAGAGUAUCGUUGUCAUCUGGGUUGUGUCGUGCAUCAUCAUGAUCCCUCAGGCUAUUGUGAUGGAGUGCAGCAGCCUGCUGCCUGAACUAACAAACAAGACCAGCUUGUUCACAGUGUGUGAUGAACAUUGGGAAGCUGAGAUCUACCCAAAGGUGUAUCACACCUGUUUCUUUAUUGUCACAUACUUUGCACCAUUAUGUCUCAUGGUCCUGGCGUAUGUCCAAAUAUGUCACAAGCUGUGGUGUCAACAGAUUCCUGGUAGCACAUCAGUGUUGCAGAGGAAUUGGAGGUCCAUGCAGUGCUCAGCUCUGACUCCAGGGCUGGGAGAGUCCGUGAGGGUCAGGACCAGCACAGUUUGUGCUGAGAUCAAACAGGUCCGAGCCCGGCGCAAGACAGCCCGCAUGCUAAUGGUAGUGCUUUUUGUUUUCGCCCUGUGCUACCUGCCAAUCAGCGUGCUCAAUGUUAUGAAAAGAGUCUUUGGGACGUUCAAGACCACAAAUGACAGAGAGACAGUGUAUGCAUGGUUCACUUUCUCACAUUGGCUCAUAUAUGCCAACAGUGCAGCAAAUCCUAUCAUCUACAAUUUUCUCAGCGGUAAGUUCCGUGGGGAGUUCAAAGCAGCCUUUACUUGCCAUUGUAAUGGCCAAGGCCAAACGCCAACAAAGAGGACAAGGACCAGAACGAGCACAGACAGCCGAAAAUCCCUGUCAACUCAAGUUACCAACAUGGAUAAUGUGUCACACAUAUCAGAUCAGAUAGUGUAGUCUUAUAAUCUAGGUGAGGAGUUCUUCUGACCAAUUCGAGCUUCAAAGGACACACUCAUCAUUAAGGUAGACAUUCAAAUGUUUAAACCUGAUUCUAAAAAUCAUUGUUUUCUGUUUGCUUAGUUUCACAAGGACAAGAGGAAGAGCUUUAGAAAUCUGACCACUGUUUUCAGCACAGUAAGACAUGGCAACCCCUUGUAAUUCACAGAAAGUGUCUAUUAUCAAAGGACACCAUUUAGUAUUUACUAACUCAUACUCAUAUGUAUUUUAUGAUACACAGUUAAGUGACAUGAUUUCAAUUGCAUAUUGUAAAUGUACUAUUUUGACUGUGUAACUAUUUUUAGUUCAGCAAUUAUUAUUACAGAUUAUGAUUAAUUAUAUUGCUGUUGACAGGAAGUGUUUAUUAAUAUUUAAUUAUUUGUAGGGUUUAAGGUUUACAAAAAUAAUUCAGCAGGUACUAUGGAGAAAAAGGCUUUUAACUGCUCAGAUUUGUAGUUUGUCUCCUUAAUUAAUAGAUGUCCGUCUUAAGUAAAUGCCCAAGAAUGUGUGUUUAUGUGCAUUAACAGUAUGUAAGUGAUGCCAGGUCAAACAUCAUAAACAUGCAUCAAAUUACUGAAUAUUCAACAUGGUUCCUGCAUGAAUGUGUCCUGGUGGACCUCGUUAUGAAACCUCUUUCUUUCACUCAACACAUUUUUAUUGAACACGUGGAUAUAUAUAUAUAUUUUAUACUGUCACUGCACACUUGCCCACUAUGUAUAGCACCAAAGCAAAAUUAAGUUUUAAACAUCAUGAAUCAUAAAAUCAAGAACUUUUGUUCAACUCUGGGUUGAAGUGACUUCCAGUCAGUAAGAGGCAGCAGAUUUUCAAAGGUCCAUUUUGAAAUGCCCUGAAGAAGCUAUGUCAGUCGCCUUUACUGACAGCUUCAGAGCACAGGAGACACUGUCCUGUCAGAAAAACAAUGGAUGUCAUGAAACCUAAGUAUUUUUAUACUAAUACAAAUCUACAUUUUAAAAUGUGCAAUAAAGAAACAUGUCCUCGAAUGUGCUUCAGAGAUCUGUUGGCAACUGUAUUGCCCAUUCCUCAAGCCCUAAAGCCUGUUUCUCUUUUAUAAUCAUUAUUAGGAAGAACAGUGAAACUCCACAGUUUCUGUUAUUCUCAGCUGUUUGAGGCAUACUAAAUAGUUCCCUGAGAGCAGUCAAAAACACAAACAUGAAUCUGAAACAAAGGUACCCAUGCACAAAUUAUUUUGUUUGUAUCCUCAAACACUAAACCUCAGACGUUGAUACAUUAGUACUUUUGACUGUGUGUAGUGCAUGGUGUUUGUGCUGGUAGAAAUUAGACCCAAAAACAACGAGAGAAAGAAUAUUAAAGCAGCUUCUGCACACCGUUCCAUGCAAAUUUAAUAAGAAAAACAAGCUUUUCUGUCAGGAGACCUUUUUCGUCAGUGCAAAUCACUUAGUCAAUAAGGUAGAUGGAUGGAGUGCACUUAACCAAUUCUAUUGCACCUGUUCACAUGGGAAAUGCUGUUCAACAUAAUCACAACUUGUAGUCUUAAAAUCUAGAUCCAGAGCACAUCAAAUACUCACUAAAUGAAACAAGUGAAUACAAAUUUUUAGAAAUGGAAAAAGUUCUUCAAGUAACAUAAUAGACAUAAAUAAACACAAAAUGUAUUAAUCAUCAUUGUAAUCAGCAGUAUAGAUAACGCCUCUGUUAAAGUACUCUGACAAAAAAUGAAUAAGUAAAAAUUAUGUGGAAAUCUCUUGUCAAAUCAAGCUAAUCAAAGAAAUCAAUUAAACUGAAAAGGCAAUCAGGAAAAGGCAAUAGUAAUGUGAAAGAAACAAAAAAACCAAACACUUUAAUGUUACAAUGACAGAAAACAAAGACAGGAAAAUGAUGCUCAAUAGGGCAGCUUGACUUCUGUUCAGUGACUUGUGGGCAAAACUAACUUUAAAGUGUUGCUACUCAGUAGUAAGUGUAUAUUGCAGUAAGUGAGAUUGUAAUUGGUCAAAAGUCUGCUUGUUAAUCUCUGCUAGAAAAGUUUCAUUUGGGUAUGAGAGUAGAUUUGUAACUGUUGGCAGUUUUAAUAUUCAUUCUGAUUGAUAUUUUAUAAGCUUUAAACUAUGACUAAUACUAAAAUGUAGUCCGACAUUAACAUCAUUCAGGGCACAAAUGUGGUCAUAUGCCAGACAGACAGUCAGACAGACAUAUUUGUCUAACUGCUGUUGAUUUUGCCCAGUUUCAAUCAAUUGUACUUUAAGAUAUUCUCCCCUGUAUUUAAACUAAAUUAGUUACAUGUAAAUUGUGUAACUUUAACUUUUCAAACUUAGACAAGAAGUAGUUAAUCACACUUGAGUUUAGUCACAUUCCACGUUGUGUGUAAAAUCAUAUGUAAUCUGAAAUAUGAGUGAAUAAUAUGAAUAUAAACUGAAACAUCGUGAUAACAUGAAUACUUAAUGUGUUUUGAUGCAUUUGUUUAUCCAUUCUGCACUGAUGUGGUUUGCUUACAAUGGAAACCCACAUGUAGUGUAGCUACAACGACAAUGCUGCAGAACAGGUAUUUGAUUUUGUAUUUAUGAGGAUUUUGGUAUAAUUUCAGUAUAGUUGUAUCAGUGCACUGUGAUGAUUUUGCAUUUCUGUGACUGGAACCUCAUUGCGUCUUUGUUUUUUCCUAUUUUUUUCUGAAAGUUACUGUGUGCUUUCUUAUUUUUUUAUUUGUAUCUCUAGGAAUAAGUCCUCAUUGAUUGUGUUUGAAUUGAAUUCAAUGUACUCAUGGCUGGUAAUUAAUGACACUAUGAUAUGCCAUGGCUUGUAGUUUUACAGGCUUUUUACAGUCAAAAUGCAGUUAAAUAAGUAGCUAAUUACAAAUCCCUAACAGAAACAGCAGAUGCUGUGUAACAAGAUUUAUUUGAGUUUCUUUUUUCAAAAUGGUAACACUCCUUGUCUACUUGAAGUAACAUGGUCAGAUAAUUUGUUUCACUGAUAUUGCUGUUUUUGUUUCAUAUCCCCAGCUCAACAGAGAAAAGACACAUUUUCAGCAUGACCAGCAUGCAGUUUUUAAUAUUUGUAAUAAGAUUUGAAGUUUUAUACAAUCAAUGUCUGCAGAACUUUUAUCAGCCAAUAAAGCAGUAUGUAAACAUCCAACUGAAAUUAAGAGAGUAUGUUGAUAACCCUCUUUUAGUGAUGUUCAAUGUAUUCAUUUAUUUAUAUGUAUUUAUAUGUAAAGACUUUUUGAUGUGAAUGCAGUGUCACCCAACACAGCUCCACCCAAUCAUCUCAUCAUGUGUCCUAAACUUUUAGUUCCUUGACUUGAUGUUUCUGUUCUAGUGAGUUUUAGUGCAUUAAUUAGUUGUCAGUUUAUUUCACAGUAUCUGUAUUCCUGCACAAAUUUUAUCA